AUGUAUCAGAAAAAGACAGGAAAAGAAGGCUCCAAGAGCCAGAAGAAGAUUCAUGAAGCUAAUAUAUCUACUCUUAAUUUUUACAGAAACAUUAUUGCUGGUUCCACUAUCACAUAUUUCCUAAUCACAUAUGGUCUUUUUUGGGAUCGUUUUACUACACGCUACAUUCUGCUUACCUCGAUUUGCUUUAUCGCGAACGUUUUUGCCUACAAGUUCAUGUCUUCUAUGUCUACACCGCGUUACGAAAAAGAUGACCGUGGAAAUACCCAAUUAAUUGAUGCCGGCCUGGAUCUGAACUUAGGACCUGGAGGACUCGCUGAACACGCAAAAGAUCUCAUUUUGGCCUGUUGUCUUGUUCAAAGCUUGAGUCUCAUUCACAAUGGAUUUUGGCUCCUAUUACUUUUUAUACCCGGUCGCAUUUUCUACCUUUUCUGGGUGCACAUUCUUGCUCCAUGGAUUUUUGAUCCCAACCAGUCUCCACAGGUAAGCGAGAAAAAGCAGAAAAAGCAAGAGCGUCGGAUGAAGCGAAUGCAAAAUGCCGGCCGAUAA